UUACCUCCUUGAAAUUUCAGGAAGAUGUUCGUUGGCGGCCUCAGUUGGGAUACAAGCAAAAAAGACUUGAAAGAUUACUUCACCAAAUUUGGUGAGGUAACCGACUGUACGAUAAAGAUGGACCCUAACACAGGAAGAUCCAGAGGCUUUGGAUUUAUUCUCUUCAAAGAACCUGGGAGUGUUGAAAAGGUUCUGGAACAGAAAGAACACAGGCUAGAUGGACGAUUAAUUGACCCCAAGAAGGCCAUGGCGAUGAAAAAGGAUCCAGUGAAGAAAAUAUUCGUUGGCGGACUUAACCCAGAAGCCACAGAAGAGAAAAUCAGGGAAUACUUUGGAGAGUUUGGAGAGAUUGAAGCAAUUGAACUUCCCAUGGAUCCAAAGACCAACAAAAGGAGGGGUUUUGUGUUCAUCACUUUCAAGGAAGAGGAUCCAGUGAAGAAGAUCUUGGAGAAGAAAUUCCAUAACGUCAGUGGAAGCAAGUGCGAGAUUAAGGUAGCACAGCCAAAAGAAGUAUACCAGCAGCAACAGUUCAGUAGUGGUGGAGGAAGAGGUAGCUAUGGAGGAAGAGGCAGAGGUGGAAGAGGCGGUGCUCAAAGUCAAAAUUGGAAUCAAGGUUAUGGCAAUUACUGGAACCAGGGUUAUGGGAAUCAAGGAUACGGCUAUCAGCAAGGUUAUGGUGGCUAUGGAGGCUAUGAUUAUUCAGGAUAUGGGUAUUAUGGAUAUGGACCAGGCUAUGAUUACAGUCAAGGCAGUGCAAAUUAUGGGAAGACACCAAGGCGUGGUGGCCAUCAGAAUAACUACAAGCCAUAUUGAUCAAACUUAUUCAGGCCUGGCAGUGGUCACAGUUGAUGCCUACAAGCACUGGAUAUUCCACAAGUUGAAGACGGAAUACUGACUUGUUUACCUGAAGAUAAUAGGACUUCGGGGUAUUUCCUCAGAGAAAAUACAAAUUUUAAUAUAAUUUCAUAAGCUUUGGAGGUUAGCUUGUCUUGUAGCUUCAGUGAUAUCAAACUUCUUCAAGUAGGAGCUAGAUAGAAAGCUGUUUAGUUUUUGCCAGCAUAUGUAAAACAAGACUUUUCUAUCUGCAUUGUAGAUUGUUUGUGGACACUUCCAGAUUCUUGUGCUUUUCUGCAGUCAUUCUGGGGACUGACCUCUCAUUGAUACCAACAGAAGUUCCAUGAACAGGACGAGCGCAGGAUACUGAGCGUAGAGGCCCCACAGCGUGAUUUGGAGUAGCGUAUUGCUUUAGUUUGGAGACGACGGGGGGAGAUGGGAAGAUCAGCUGUAUAGUAAGGGAACAAUUACAGGUCGUCUUCCCAGUGACAUCAAUGAGAGAUUUGCCUUCAACCUUCCACAGAAGAAUUUAGCUUUAAUUUGGGAGGGUAAAGGGGUUUUUCAAAAGCACUAAAGCCAGUGGGAGCUUGUUUUCCAACUGCUCCUUAUGCCUUUAAGCCCCCCCCACACCAAAAGCGAUAGCUAACAUCAUGAAAUGGAAGUAAAUAAAAUGCAUUUUCAUUGCUGUUUGAA